UGUUGCUUAAUUAUCAAAAAUGAUUAUUCUGAGAUUUGUCCCUUUUCGCCGCUCCUUCCUCUUUUUCCGUCUUAAAUAUUCCUAAGACUGUUAAUUCCUCCGCGUUAAGAUUCCUCUCUUCCUUUUAUUCCUCUUCUUCGUUUCACAACUCCUUCAAACCCUUUCAAACGAUUUGUUUCUUCUAAUUCGUUCCUUCUUCUCAAAGAUCCGAUCCGAUUGCUAAGAUCCGAAACUUUUGAAUAUGGCGGAAGAGCAUAGAUGCGAAGCCUCGGAGGGCCACAGGCUCUGCGUCAACAACUGUGGCUUCUUCGGCAGCCCAGCCACCAUGAACCUCUGCGCCAAAUGCUACAAGGAUAUCCAUCUCGAAGAGCAACAUCACGCCUCUUCCAAAUCCUCCAUCGAAAUCGCUCUCUCCUCCUCCUCCGCUGCUUCUUCUUCAUCGUCUUCUUCGAAUUCGUUGACCGAGUCUCUCCCUCCUCAUCCUCCUCCGGCGCUGACCUUGCCGGAGGUCAAAUUACAGCUCCCUCCACCGGCUGCUGCAGCUGCUCAUGUCGCCGCAGAAGCUGACGUGGCGGCGGUGACGGUAACGGCGGCGGCGAAAUCACAGCCGAACCGGUGUUUGAUGUGUAGGAAACGGGUCGGGUUGACCGGGUUCAAGUGUCGGUGCGGGACCACGUUUUGUGGGGUCCACAGGUACCCGGAGAAGCACGCGUGCACUUUCGAUUUCAAGGCUGUUGGAAGAGAGGAGAUCGCGAGAGCUAAUCCUGUCAUCAAAGCCGAGAAGCUUCGGAAGAUUUAAAUUAGGACCGUUAAAUUUGUGAAUUUCCACCGUUGAUCAUCAUGUCCUAGUAUUAUAUAUAUAUUUCUUUCUUUUUCUUUUUUUUUUUAACUUUUUUUUUCUCGUUUUUUAAAAUAAGUUUUUAUCAUAUCUGGUUUUGCUUGUAAAAAAACGAAAUGAGAAGUUUCAAAUUUGGGUGCCA